CGGAGUGCGACAGGGAUUCUGGGACUUGUAGUUCUUUACAUAACCACCGGAAGUACUUGAAGGCUAGUGCGCCAGCGAGGUCACAUUGUCGGUGUUUUGCAAUGUUUUGAACGACCCUGCCGCCAUGGAAGCUGUCAACAAUGGGGAGAUGCACCUUAGGCAUGUGGAGACUGACGUGCUCAUUCCCAAACUGAUGAGGGAGAAAGCGAAGGAGAUCUGCAUCGACAAAGUUCAAGCUUUCAACCUCUGCUGCAAAGAGACGGGUUUCUUGAUGGUGGUGAAAUGCCGAGAGGAGAACGCCGCCUUGAAGGACUGUCUGACACAACAUUACAGGGACCCGGCCUUUUAUGAGAUAUGUAAGCAGGAAUACAUCCAGGAAAAAACUGAGUUUGAGAGGACGGGGAUCCCUGCUAAGAACAGGAAACAAAAACUCCCAACCAGUAUGUAGAUGCUUCAGUUUUGUUGCAGGGUUUCUGUUUGAGGGCUGACAUGUGUCAAAGGAACCCACGUUGGCAAGAAUUGUAUUUCAUCAUGCAAACAAUCCAUGUCUUUAUCAUCUUUGCAAUACAUUGAGCUACAAUUGUUGGAGAUAAAAAAACAUUUGAAUAAAUAUCAACAGUGUGUUUAAAACGAAAAGACACAAAGUAUACUGAUCAUGUUUCAUGUUAUUAAAAGCAUGUAAAUAUUCACA